GCAGCCUGCCUGCCUGCCCGCCUGGCCAUACUAAACUUUUGCAUACAUGGGAGUGGGUGCGCAGCAAAAGUGCCGGCGAAGAGGGGCCCCCCAGGCCUGACCAGGGCGGCACUUGCUUGAGGCGACAGGCGCUAGCCGUUUCGCUGGCGCAACCCUGCUCCUGCACCCUUCCAGCUCACUAGCCCCAGUGCGGCAGGCGGGCGCGCCUUCUUCUCAAUCGACUCGUCUCCUCCCCGGCCUCGACCACGCACCGUGCCACAGUCACCCGCAACGCAUCCUCUCGGCACUUGGUCCUCGCCCAGCCUCGAGCGCCUCGAGCAAGCCUAGCACCUCCGGAGCAAACCCGGCCAGCCCUCACCCACAGAGCGACGCGCGGCGGUCCGAUGCCCUCUAACAAAGCUCGCGCGGUCAUCCAGGCCACCCCAACCCAAGGACCCCCUCCUAGCUCCUAUGCUGCUAUGCCCUUGCCCACAGUCAAUCUGUCAGUCAGUCAGUCAGGCCUCAGCCGUUUCAGGCCCCCGCCAUCGGCAAGCCUACUGGCUCGAGCUGGGCGAUCGCAAAUGCCAAGGCUUGUGCUGCGGCGUGGGGAUAGGACGGCAGCUUGUGGGCACCACCGUACUGUCCAGGGGAGGGAUGGGAUGGUUAAUGGGUCGACUACAAGGCUACUGGACGAUGGCCCACCCUGGGCGCGGUGCUAGCCUUCUCGAUCGUCAAGCACAGCCUUGCAGUGUUCGUCGCCAUCUCGAAUGAGCCUGCAAUGGUCGGUGAUCCUGGCCAGACGUGUGGCGGGAGGGUUGCGAUUGCAGGCAGGGUGGUGGUCUCGAGCUACAGCAAAGAAGGACAGCCUCAGUCCAU